AGUGAACAUCGUGCUGAAUGUUUUGGUUCUAACGCACGUGUGGUUCGGUAGUCAACGUGCAAUCGCUGGCCAAUUUACUGUUAUAUUUCUGUGCCAGAUUAAUUUGUAAGAGACUCGUCAUGGAAGUUAAACUGGUACGGCCUAAAGAUGGAAAACCUUCAAAGAAAAUCAUAGCUGCCAAGUUUGAGCAUGGCCAGCUUAAGAAGGGAAUGUUUAAGAAGCUUCACUACAACUACAGAGAGAUGGCAGAGAAAGACUCCCAGUCAAGGGAGGAUACACAGAAGAUCUUGACAAUACCGGCCAAGAAUAAGCUGUCCUAUGUAGGUCAUAGCAACAGUGAGACUGAUCAUUCGGCUUCAAAGUACUACUGUGGAUGUUUGGACACAAGAACUGGGAAGAUGACAAUCCAUGACCUAGAACUGUUUCAUAUGAAGCCAACAUUUGAAGAUAGCGAGAAAGAAGAGCUUGUGUUUGAAAACUCUCUCUCAUUUGUCCAGCAGAAUGACCGGCUGAAUGCUGCCUUUGGGUCAUUAAAGAAGAAAAGGGCUGUAAAAGCAAGACAGAAGUUUAAGGAGUUGACCGAUGAAACCAUUAACACCUCAGUAGACAACGCCAUCGGACAUGCAGUCACUCAGUCAGACGUGGUCGACUCUCCAGCAAUCAAUCCUCUUUCAUCGGAAUCCAUCCUUCCGCCCUUUGACCGCGACGCCGAUUGUCCAGAACAUGUGUACACUGCAGAGGCAGUGAUAACCCCUCAAAUACUGACAGCUUUGAAAUCACCUGCUGAGAAGUUCUUCACCCGUACCCAGGCCCAACUAGCUGAGUGGACAGAUACAAGCGAGUACCCAUGGUACAUCCUGGAACAGUUGAAGAUCAUGCCGUCUGAUGAGAGGCGGCGCUGGCAGAAGGCUAAGUGCCUGGUGUAUCUGCAUUACUUACUGACUCUCUACAAGUACAAGCCCAUACAACUCAAGAAACGCUACUGUCUGCCGACGGGGUGGCCACCAGCAGUGAGGGAGCAGUUGUUGUCUCAGUUCACCACCAUGUCCGUGGGCAACAAGGUUCAGAAACCUACAAGAUUUUUCCCGUCUCGCUUGAAGGACAAGUUGCUGUUGCACAUACUUGCUGUGUCUCUGAUCAUAGAAGACGCUAAGGCCGACCCGUCGCUGUUGGUGCAGGAUCUGGCGGUGGCAGAGAGAAGGGUGUCUCAGUUCUACCGUGCACUCGGUUGCUCCGUAGCUUCCCAGAAGAGGAGGACGGAGGGGGACAACUUGGUGGUUCUCAAGCUGCCUCUGAAGCUGCCCCUGGAGUCCAAGCCCCUCACCAGGAGGGGCGGCAAGAAGAGGAACCUCAAGUUGUGACCUCAGUAUUAUGGAAAUUGUACAGUGACGUAUUUGCUAAAUAAAUGUACAGAUGAUAA